AUUUUCUAACGUCCUUCAAUAAAACAUAUGGUAUCAAAAAUCAAUUGGAACAAGGCUGAAUGUAAAAUUUCUGAAGCGUUUGUAGUAUCGUAUCUAAACUGAUGCAUAAUGAUUUCUUGAUAGAAAUAAGAGACCUUGAAAUCCAAAGACGUCCAAAGAAGGUCGAUGGAGACAAGACUUUGCCUGGGUAGUUGAUAAAUAGCGCCACUGAUGUGUUCAAAAAUCUUUGGAAUCCGUCACCUGCAGGUGCUUUUGUUGUUCUUUGCCUUAGUGCUCGGAUUUGCCAUGAGGGUCAAUAUCAGUAUGGCUAUAGUCGCUAUGACUGAUAAAAGAAGUGAAGAUCCAUUUGACUGGAACAUGCAAAUCCAAAGCAUUGUCUUUUCCUCCUUCUUCUGGGGCUACAUUAUACUGCAGAUCCCUAGUGGGGAACUGGCUGCCAGAUACGGUGGUACGAUCCUCGUUACCAUAUCCAUCGCCGUCAAUUCAGUUGUGUCACUUCUGAUACCUUUUGGAGCACAUUAUGGAGGUUGGAAAGCACUCUGCGUACUUCGCGGCAUCCAAGGUCUUUCUCAGGGAUGUCUUUACCCAACCAUGCAUCACCUUAUAGGUAAAUGGGUUCCACUUGAAGAGAAAGCACGCCUUGGUACUUUUAUAUAUGGAGGGACCUUGCUUGGAACAGGCAUCCAAUUAGUAGCGUCUGGUUAUAUAGCAGCCUACUGGGGAUGGCCGGCUAUUUUCUACAUAAACGGUAGCCUUGCUGCCAUUUGGGUCAUGUUCUACUUUUUCCUUGGAGCUGACUCUCCUCAGAAAUCAAAGCACAUUACCAGGGAAGAGAGAUUGUAUAUACAGACUUCUUUGGGACAUUUGAAUGGUCAGAAGAUUCUGAAAACACCGUGGAAGAAACUGGCUCUUAGUAGGCCCUUUAUCUCUUUGAUUGUAAUGCACAGUGGGCACAACUGGGGUUUUUGGACCCUCAUGACUGAAAUACCAUCGUACAUGAAUCUGAUUCUUAAAGUGGAUAUAAAGGCAAAUGGUACCCUCUCAGCUCUUCCUUACUUCGUUAUGUAUAUCCUAAGCAUCCCGUGUGGCAUCAUAUCAGAUUACGGUUUAAAGAAAAAUUGGUUCAGCAUCAACACUUGCAGGAAGGUUUCAAAUUCUAUUGGUGAAUUUGGCCCUGCACUAGCUCUGAUAGCGUUAUGUCAUUCACCGCCUGGUAAUGUCACUCAAGCAGUCGGCCUAUUGACCGUUGUUGUUGGACUAAAUGCUGGGCACCUGUCUGGAUUUAUGCUUGUUCACAUAGACAUGGCUCCUAAUUUCGCUGGAACGAUGAUGGGUAUCACCACAUUCUUUGCUAACGUCGUGUCUAUUAUUGCUCCUUUGGUUGCUGGGCUUAUAUUGGAGGAUCAAUAUGACAUCAAACAAUGGGCCCUGGUAUUCUACGUAACUUCAUGUAUCUACAUCGUCAGUAAUAUCAUCUUCAUAAUAUUUGGAACGAGUGCCAGACAACCUUGGAAUGAACCUGAAGAAACAGAAACCAAUCCCGAUAAAAUUGUAGAACAGUGAUAUUGGGACGUUAAAUUUUAAUGUCAUCAUGCUGUUCCGUUCCUGUAGUAAUCUCCAUUUUAGUUGGAAAAUCAAUAUUGUUAAGUUGUAUAUUGGUAACAAACGCAGAUUGUGGAGUUAGUGAAUGGACUUAGGAAGUAUAUUGUAAUGUUUUUACAUGUCACCGUAUAAAAUAUUUCCAAACAUUGUAAAUAUAUAAAUAAAAAUGUACAACAUAAAUCAACCGCAAUUUUAAUUGUUUUCACG